AUGUCAUCAAUUCAAGAAGGGGACACUAAGGCUCAUCUGCACUCGCUUAAAGAAGGUGAAGCUACUGGUCGUCGUAGCGAGAGACUUCCAAAGCAAAGAAGCAUCGUCGGGUCCCAUAUCCAACGUCCACUAUCUCAAACAACGUUAGGAAGAUCAAGGGCGGGGAGCAAUACAGUCAGUAAGGUUUCUGGUUUAGAUAUUGCUCGAAGACCAAGUGAAAAUUUAUUAUUGAACAUGAACUGUAAUAGCGUUGAUAGUGACGGGACUAUGCUAAAUUCAUUCAUUAACUCUGCUUUGCCGCCACCGAAAGUAAAUUCUGUUCAAACGAGAACUGAGCGGCCUACUUCCAACAGUUCAAUAGGUACCAAGACCACGGAAGUAUUCUCAUCCACGUCCACAUCGUCAUCAUUGGGAGAUACCAGUGAUGAAGGAGAAAAUAACGAUACUGAAAAAUCUAAAAUAAACACUGUUCCCAAAAUGUUGAUGGAAAAGAACACUCAGAGUAUAUGUGUUAACGCAAAUAGAACGAGAAAGACAAGUAACCGCACCAUUGUGGAAGCAAGCCCGAAUAACGCCAAAGUUGCGCUGCAGAAAAGCAUGUCCUUUGACGAAACCGCUGCGCAGAGAUCCAAGAGUAAAUCUAGACACUCUUAUCAAGAACAGUUUUUUUCAAUGAGAAACGAACCAUCGUUACUCAACAACCAACAAAGAUCGCGUGCUAAAUCGCAAUCAUACUCCUCAUCGGGAUAUAAUAACACUAAUAUUUCUCCACCUUUAAAAACUUUUGGCAUCACCUCGAAAUUUUCUAAUGUAACUAGUCGGACAGACGCUUCCUCCUUAGAAUUCAAUGUUUCAUCACAGAAGCCUCUGAAUUGCAAGCCAUUAACCCCAUCCCAAAAAUACAGACUUCGUAAGGAGCAAUCGGAGCUGAACUUGAGAAAUACCAUCAAGAGAAAAGAGAAAUAUUAUGAUAGUCAAGAACAAAUUCUUGAGUUACAAGAAGGAGAUAUUGAUGAUUCGUUAAUUUGGAAUGUUCCUAUGGCAUCAUACUCUACGAAUUCUUUUUUGGCGUCUGCCAAGCCUGAUGAUUUAAACAACUUGGACGCCAAGAAUGAGCUAUCGGAGUAUACUGGAGGUUUAAUGAAUGCCAAUUUUGAUAACUCUGAUAUAAAGCAAAAUCAUAGAUAUUCAAACAUUUCGUUUGCAAGCACAACGUCGAAUACUUCAAUAUUAGAUUUCAAUGAGAUGCCCACAUCUCCGAUUCCUGGUUUGAACAAAGUAUCUGAUUUUCAAUUUAUUCAAGAUACAACCAAGAGUCUAGCUUCAGUUUAUUUGCAUUCUUCUAACAGACUUUCAAGGACUAAAUUGUCUGAAAGAACCAAGUCUUCUGAUUUCUUGCCAAUCGAACUAAAAGAAGCCCACAAUCAAGGUAUGGAAGAUUUGAUACUUGUAUCAGAGAGCAAGCUGGAUGCAGUCAGUCAUUCAAGACCAAGUUGGUUGCCACCAAAGGACCGUCAAGAGAAAAAAAUCCAUGAAAGGCAAAUUAACAAAAGCAUGAGUGUUGCAUCCCUUGACCAACUGGUCAGGAAUAAAGACAGAGACGAACGAUUAAUUAGAGACGAAACAAAUAGGCAAAAGUACGUUCUGCUUUUGGACAGAGAUAUAACAAGAAAUUCCUCUUUACAAAGCCUAAAUAAAAUGGUUUGGGAUACUCCGUUUAGUGAUGAGACGCGAUCAGUAAUUUACAGCGAAAUUCUACAAAGCAAGACUAGAUUUAUUACUAAGAACUAUAUUCAACCAUUUCACGAGCUACAAGAACUUCUAACAAAAAUGGGGGAUUUUCCUAAAAACAAAGAAAUUGAAUUAUCGCAGAUUAUCGAAACAAGUUUGAGGCGAAAAGUGAGCGGUUUACGUGAAGUAUCCGCUGAUUUGAUGCUGCUAUUGAAAAUAAAAUCCAUCUCAUCACAGGGCAUAGUUGCUGGCGAUGAACUUCUUUUCCAUCACUUCUUGGUGAGCGAAUCAUUUCAAAAAUUAGGACUGGACGAAAUUUGGAAUGUGGUUAAUUUGGUACAAAUGACAUGCUUCAAUGAGCUUUGUAAAGAAAAGUUCGAUGCUAAGGUUUUGGAACGUAAGGGUGUUGUAGCUGGAUAUUUAUCACAGAAUGACGAGUUUAAAGAUGAAUUUAAUACGGAAUGUAUCAACUCUACCACUUGGUGGAACAUUCUGGAACGGGUUGAUCAUAAACUCUUCAUGUGGAUCAUGGAUGUGAUAGUAGUGAACAAUUCUCAAAGUUACAAGAAUAGCCCAAUCAAUGAAGAUAUGUUUGCUAACAAAGACUGGGAGUAUUACCGCUCCAAGAAAGUGAUAAUUAAUUAUAAGAUCUUAGCGUCAUUUGCAUUGAAUGUGUUAUUAAACUAUCAUUUUGGGUUCAGUGAUUUAAAGGGUCUUUGUAACGUGGACGAACAGAGAUUUUGCAUUCCCGUAUUCGUCGAUGAUGAAUUUGUGGACACUGAUAUCAUGAACGAUGUAUUCAUCAAGAAAUGGGCAUAUUACUACAAAAAGUUUUGA